CUGAAGGGCACCCUUGAAGAUCAAAUCAUCAGUGCCAAUCCCUUGCUGGAGGCUUUUGGAAAUGCCAAGACUGUGAGGAAUGACAACUCUUCACGCUUUGGCAAAUUCAUCAGAAUCCAUUUUGGUACCACUGGCAAGCUGGCUUCUGCAGACAUUGAGACAUAUCUGCUGGAGAAGUCCAGAGUUACCUUCCAGCUCAAGGCUGAAAGGAGCUACCAUAUCUUUUAUCAGAUCAUGUCCAACAAGAGGCCAGAACUGAUUGAGAUGCUUCUGAUUACUACCAACCCAUAUGACUUCCAUUUUGUCAGCCAGGGUGAGAUCACUGUUGCCAGCAUUGAUGAUCAAGAAGAGUUGAUGGCAACUGAUAGUGCCAUUGACAUCCUGGGCUUCACUGCUGAGGAAAAGACAGCCAUUUACAAGCUGACUGGAGCUGUCAUGCACUAUGGGAAUAUGAAAUUCAAGCAGAAGCAGCGAGAGGAGCAGGCUGAGCCAGACGGCACUGAAGUUGCUGACAAGGCUGCCUACCUCAUGAAUCUCAACUCAGCAGAUCUUCUGAAAGCUCUAUGCUAUCCCCGGGUCAAGGUCGGCAAUGAAUAUGUCACCAAAGGCCAAACUGUCCAGCAGGUCUACAAUAAUGUGGGUGCUCUGGCUAAAGCUGUCUUUGAGAAGAUGUUCUUGUGGAUGGUCGUCCGUAUCAACCAACAAUUGGAUACCAGACAAUCCAGACAACACUUCAUCGGUGUGCUGGACAUUGCUGGCUUUGAGAUCUUUGAUUACAACAGCUUGGAGCAGCUCUGCAUCAACUUCACCAAUGAAAAACUGCAACAGUUUUUCAACCAUCACAUGUUUGUUCUGGAGCAAGAAGAGUACAAGAAAGAAGGAAUUGAAUGGGAGUUCAUUGACUUUGGAAUGGACUUGGCUGCCUGCAUUGAACUCAUUGAGAAGCCCAUGGGCAUUUUCUCCAUCCUGGAAGAAGAGUGCAUGUUCCCCAAGGCAACAGACGUCUCUUUCAAGAACAAGCUCUAUGACCAGCAUCUUGGCAAGAGCAACAACUUCCAGAAACCCAAGCCUGCCAAAGGCAAAGCUGAAGCUCAUUUCUCCCUUGUGCACUAUGCUGGCACUGUUGAUUACAACAUUAGCGGCUGGCUGGACAAGAACAAGGACCCCCUGAAUGAAACCGUGGUGGGUCUGUAUCAGAAGUCUUCUAUGAAGACCUUGGCCUUAUUGUUUGCUGACCGUCCAGUAGAAGAGGGAAAGAAGGCAGCCAAGAAGAAGGGUUCCUCCUUCCAGACUGUGUCUGCCCUUUUCAGGAAUGUGCUAGAGUUCUCUGUGUAUGAUUCAGAUGCUGUCACUGAAGAUGAUCACCUUUUCACUAUCAAUUUUGAUGUAGCUCGUCUUCCUGAUAAUGAGAAAGUUCUUAUGAAUUUUAAAUGUGACCCAGAG